UCAAAAACCUUUAUUUGGUUCUAUCCUCCUCCCUCUUAAUUAAUUGUUCUUGCAAACUUGUUUUCUUUGCAGCAUUUUUUCAGAAAUGACCAAAUGCAUAAUCUUGAUGAGCUUGAUUUUCACCUUAUCAUGUUCUGGCUUGGCAUUUGAGGCUAGCCCUUUGCAAGACUUUUGUGUUGCAGAUACUACAAGCAAUGCUUGGCUAAAUGGUGUGACGUGCAAGAAUCCUAUGCUAGUAGAAGCCAAUGAUUUUUACUAUGGUGGUUUGAAUGUACCUAGCAACAAAACCACUCAAUCUGGUGUUAAGGUGACUCUUGUUAAUGCAGCUCAAGUACCAGGACUCAACACUCUUGGCAUUUCAAUGGCUCGCAUCGACUAUGCACGUGGUGGAGUUAACCCUCCACACAUUCACCCUAGAGCCUCCGAGAUGCUCGUACUCCUUCAAGGCUCGUUACACGUUGGAUUUGUCACCUCCAACCCCGAAAAUCGGUUAAUUUCGAGAGUCAUACAUAUGGGGGAUGUAUUUGUUUUUCCAGUAGGACUUGUUCACUUUCAGAGAAAUGUGGGAUAUGGAAAUGCUGUUGCACUUCUUUCAAUGACCAGCCAAAAUCCGGGUUUAAUAACCAUUAAAGAUGCAGAGCAGACUCUGCCAGAGCAAGUGAGGUUUAUACCAGGUCAUUAAUCUAAAUAGAUGAAGAUAUUUUGUUAAUAUGAUUCAAUAUUCACUAAUUAUUGUAAUAAACUACUCGUAUUAUCAUUAUGUUACAAGUAAAAUAUGUUGGUAUUAUCAUUUGAAGAAUUUAGAAGAUCUUGUGAUAUUCAUAUAUCAUUUUUUAUUUUUUUUUGCAAGAUCUGUUUAAUUCCUAUGUUUUUCGUCUUCCAAUCAUGAUAAGAAGCACAGUUACACCAUA